CAUGCCACUCGCCUGCCACGCCUGACAAUGUCGAUCACCAGCAGGUCCAGAACCGAACCAAGGCCAAGCACCCCCUGACUCCCUGAGACAACUACCCCUUAAAAUCGGGGCAAGACACACCAUAACCAUGAAGCCGCUCUCCCUUUUCGCCUCCGCGCUGGCCCUCGUGUCGUCCGUGUCCGCCCAGUGCGGCGCAGGCUCGCCAGACGCCACCGUAACCGGCAACCCGGGCAACUACCGAACCACCCGGCACGGCCAGACCCUCUACACGGGGGGCGACUACCGGCUCGCAAUCCAGACGGCGCUCGACAACAUCGGCGGCGGCCAGCGCGUCGCGGUCCACGCGUCUGGGAACCUCGGCGCCAACACCAUCAGCAUCAGCAGCGGCAAGAUCUUCGAAGGAUGCGGCACCAUCGAUACGGGCAACCGCAACGGCCGCGGCGCCAUCGAAUCCAUCAACACGCAGAACGUGCAGAUCCCCUACCUCCGCAUGACCGGCAACCCGUACUUCGGCCUGCGCUUCUCCGGCACCUCCGGCCUCUUCCUCGGCGAGAUCACCCUGAACCUGUGGGGCGGGAUGGGCAUCCGCUUCGACCGCGACGGGGCGCAUAACUCCAACGUCCGCAUGAACUCCGUCACGGUGACGGGGGCGAGUAGCCACGCCGUCGAGGUGUGGAACAUCAACGGGUUGAACAUCGGGCAGGUCAUCGCCCGGGACGUCGGCCAGUCGGGACUGCUGAUCCAGAACUCGCAGAACGUCGAGGUUGGGCUUGUGGAUGGUUACAACGUCGCUUCGGGGACCGGAUACGCCACGCUGCGGUUCGCGAACCGGAACGGCCGGAACCCGAACGGAAACUACAACACCAAUGUCUGGGUCAACCAGGUCAUCUCGCGGGGCGGUGGUCGCGGCAUCUUCUGCGUUUCUGAAUCCGGCGGCGCCGUCAUCCAGAAUGUCCAGCUGGAGAACAACGGCAACAACGCUGUCUUGAUUGAGAACUGCUACAACCUUUCCAUUCGGGGUGGUCGCGUCAACGGAGGCGGCGAGGUUCGUGUUGCUGCCCGAAGCGAGUUUGCCAACAACCGAGACCUCUGGAUCACUAUGGAGGUCAACAACAACUCUGUCCGCGAGUCUCCUUGUGGUCAGAACGUUAACUGGAAUAUUUGGGGCAAUGCUCGGAUGAAUGUGUGCUAAGCUCAGAGCUUGGGGCCCAGGGGUCGCCCAUGCUUCCGCUUAUGAUAUCCUUCGCCGGCGGACUUUGUUCACACGGACUAUCUGGUCAAUACGAGGCUCUUCAGCCGUUUAGUUUAUUGCAGAAAUAUUGUGAAUCAAAUCCUGUAC